UAGUUAUAUUCAACGCCCGCGACGAGGCAGACGUGUUCAUGUGUAUAUUUCUUUAUUAUAUUAAAGAAUUAGAUAGUGUCGUGUCGUGGUAUUGUGAAUAAAAUGGAGAAUAACAAUCAAAAGGACGCGCCGAAAUCAAAAAUUGAUUUGAACGAUGUGGAGAUGGUUUUCGGUACACCAGCAUCUCCCAAAUCUGCCCGACCUGAUAUUAUUAUUGAAAAUGAAAAGAACAGCAAUAAAAAUACAGACAAGAAGCAUGAAACAGAAGGUUCUCAUCAAACACAGCCUCUACUUGAACCAGACAAACAACCACAAUCACCACCUCUUGCAGGUCCAGAGAUAGACGACUUGGAUAUUCCCCACGUAGACGCUACUCCAUACCCGGGCAUUGAUGAUGGACUUUUGGAACCUGGAGACAAACUGGAGCCGCACGACAAACACGAUAGCGAAAAGCCUGAGCACGAUGGAUCCGACCACUCGACGCGCGAAGACGGCGUCGGUACAGUCGACGGUAAAUGGCCUUAUCCAGACGCCGACGAGCCUGACUAUCCUUACGAUGGCGCUAACGGUUUCGGCUACAGGUUCAACGUUGAUGAUCGGCCCGGCUCUCCUAUGAUACCUGGCUCUAUCCCCGACGUGAACACCUACCAGCAGAAGAAAAACUUGGCUCAGGGAAUGAUGGAUCUCGCACUGCUUUCAGCCAACGCGAACCAACUUCGAUAUGUGCUGGAAUCUGCAACUUCGCAUCCAUACUACUACCCUAGUCUCACUUUUAUUGCAAUGAGCAUUGUUUUACAGAUCGCUGUCGGUGUUGGUCUAAUUAUGAAUAGUAGAUACAACGUGAAAGACGACAAGGACAUUUGCAAGGCGGACAAAAUUAAUAACUUUACGGUACUCGGCGUAUUUCUGAUAACAAUAGUGAAUGUGUUCAUUACUUCGUUUAGUGUGGCCACCCCGGGCAUUCCAGGGACAUCUGUGGUGGUAGCUUCAACUAACGGUGGAUAGUACUCACCUAAUAAUUGCAUAUUGCUAAUUAUUAUCUUGGUUUCCUAUUUGUAAUGGGAUAGUUACCUUUAGCUUAAACUUUUCGGUUUGGUUUUAUCCAGUAUCCCAAACGAAUACGUACUUAGUACACAC